GUGCAGCACUUUGGCAAUGAAAAUAAGAGAGCCCGAUGGGGAGAUUAAAGAAGUGAAAAAGAAAGAGGGGCAGAGCCCGAGAGCAGCCAUGGAAGACGAGAGCAAGUUCUGCCCAAACUGUAAACAAGAUGUGUCUGCUGCCAAUUUCUCUCUGCACGAGAUCCACUGCCAACGGUUCCUCACUGUCUGCCCAGACUGCAAAGAGGCUGUUGCUCAAAAGGAAAUGCGAGAGCAUCAGGCAAAUGCACACAAGCAGGUCAGGUGUAAGCUUUGUCACCAAAGCCUGCAGCAAUACCAGCUGGAGAACCAUGAGACCGUGGAAUGCAGCGAACGAGUUAUGAAAUGCAAGUUCUGCGAGCUAGAAAUGCCCUUUGCUAAGCUGCAGGAGCACCUCGAUUCCUGCGGUAGUCGAACUGAGAAGUGUUUCGGCUGUAACAAAUACAUCAUGUACAAGGACCUGGACCAGCACAAAGACAUCUGUCGUAGUGGUGAUGGGCUCUCAAAUCAUGGUCUCAGUGACAAACUUUGUCAGCUGUGCAAUAAGUCAUUCCCAGAUGACCAGUUCCUCCAGCAUCUGAACCAGUGCAGUCCACUCGCUAAACUGGUGGGGAGUCUCGCCAGCCUGUCAGCUACAAAUCCCAGCCCGCUUCUGCCACCCACUGCUGCUUUUCCAGCUACCACUUCAUCCCCCGUGAAUGCGGCCGCAUGGAGGGAUGUCCGUCCAAAAGGGAAGGACAAGGACUUGUCCUCUGCCUCCCGGACCUCACUCAAACCACCCAAGAACAAGAAGUCACCUGGCCAUCCGGCUUUCUCGACCACUCUGGAUCCGGUACUGCCUCAGGCCCUUGAAGACACAGGGAAUUAUGAUAUAUUGGUGACCUGUGCCCGUUGCAAUAUCCUCCUCCCACUGCCAACACUCAAGAAGCAUGAGAUCAAGUGCCUUCAUUCAGCUUCAUUGCAAAACGUCAGGAGGAAAUCAAAGUCAAGCCCUGAGAAACAAGAGGAGUCUUUCUAAGGCACUUCUGGGAAGAACUGGAAAUGAAUAUCGUCCACCAGUUCCAAGCUUCAGCUCAGCUUCAGUAAAGGCAUUGCAAGUGCACAGACAUUAACCUGCUUUAUCCCUAGAGAAUAAAAGUGACGUUUCCUAAACGAGACAGAGAACAAAGAGCCACUCUCUGAAAUGUAUUUUGUACUAAAUGGGAUUGCUGUUACUUUACCUCCCAAUUUGGGACAACUGUGACCUAACAACCUUAUCAUUAAUGGGUGGGCCUCACCUAGUCUCUCCACCUUCUGAGUUUCAUGGCAGUGAACAAAAGCAGGCUCUGCCACAACAACAGGGGUAACAACCAGCUCCACCUAUUCCUGAAGAAGUUAAAGGCCAAAUUCUCCUCUCAGCUCCACGCAGACUUUGUAGCUGAAGUUGUACCAAAGUACCUGUAAAGAGAGCUCAGUCCACAGCGCUUCUGCUGAGGCCACUGCCAAUGUCCAGUGAUUUGUAGCCGUCGAGCUGCGAUGCACAAUGGGCACCAUCAUCCUUUUUCAUUUUCUAUAUCCGUGAGCAACAUCAGAGAGCCUUGCAGGCCACAUACUACCUACAAGCCAUGGGUUGGGCCCCAGUGCUCCAAAGUGUUUGCUGUCAGACCCCUCAAAGGGUUUGGGGGAGUUUAGCUAUUGUGCCUGGACACGCUCCAUCACAGGUAUGUUCAGCACCCAGACAGGAACAAAGUGAGGGCAACGGUGCUCGAGUUCAAGCUGCAAAGUGAGUGGGGGAGUAGCACCAGUGACUCCUGAGUGCACUUUCUUAAGUGUGAACAUGUGUGGAUUGCACUCUUGCUAAUCCAUCUCCAUGUGUUUUGGGAGCACUUCUAGCUAUGUGCAAUCCUGCACAUUGGCUACUGGAACCAAUACAGGGCAAGUACGCGAGAGUAAGUGCUUUCUGGCCUGGGUAACCCGAAUCAAAUUUGGAAAGGGAUGGAUGCCGAUUUACAGUAUCCGAGAAAGCCAGGCUGCUAAGCCAAGAGUACCUGCUGGAUAUCCCUUCCUUCAGGCCACCCAUACCUAGAUGAGGAGAGCACAAGUAAAUCAAAUCUUACUGCUGAAAUGAAGCCUGAAAGAUAACUUGGAGAACAUUCUGCAAAAUUGUAUUUGCAGAAACAGCCAAACUCACUGUUUCCACCCAAGAGACCAGCAGGCUUUUAAGAGGUCACCUCUUUCUGAACAUCCUACUCAAACUAGCAAACAGUUGUACAUUAUGUAAUACAAACUACCAUGCAACUGCUUUUGUGAAAAAAAAAUAAAAUACAGUGACUCUGAAGAUUAAAGCCAACUCAUUUUGCAUGCAACUUCAUCUUCGGUUACUUCGUGUCCUGGGUUUGUGUUCAACAUGUGCAUGGGCCAAUAAUGCAUUUAGCACCCUGGAUGCUAAAUGCAUUGGAUGCCAAUAACGCAUUUAGCACUCUCUCCUACAGCU